CAUGCGAGUGACGGAGAGCAGCCAGAAACCAGAGUUCAAACAGAGAGAGAGAGAGAGAGAGAGAGAGAUUUAUAGUCACGUCGAGAAAUCAGCAUCAAAGUGUCUGUAGAUCAGUCUGAGAAUCAGUCAUACAGGAAACACACACUCCCGUCUGGACACCAGAGACACACAAUCCACAAUCCUGUUCUACAGACACAUCCUGAGGAACCUGACCGUCUUCAUGUCCACAUCUCCAACACCUGUGAAUACAUCUGGAAUACUGACAGCACACACAGAGCGUCAGGAUGAGCUGUAAUGUUGCACUUUGGCUGCUGAUCGCCGGUGUGUUGUGCGCCGUAUGCGACAGCCGUAAGAAUCGACCGCAGGGCUCCAUCCCCUCGCCGUUCAAAACCAACGCAAACACCUCGGACCGCAGUGCUCGCAAACAGGAAGUGCUGGCCUCCAGCCAGGAAGCUCUGGUGGUAACAGAGAGGAAGUACCUGAAGAGCGACUGGUGUAAAACUCAACCGCUGCGACAGACGGUCAGUCAGGAGGGCUGCAAGAGUCGAACGGUCAUCAACCGCUUCUGCUACGGCCAGUGCAACUCAUUCUACAUCCCACGACACGUCAAGAAAGAGCAGGAGUCCUUUCAGUCGUGCGCGUUCUGCAGGCCGCACCGCUUCACCACGCUCACGGUGGAGCUCGACUGUCCGGACCUGCAACCACCCGUCCGUUACCGCAAGAUCCAGCGUGUAAAACAGUGCCGCUGCAUGUCUGUGAGCGUCACAGAGUCUGGAAAACAAUGAGACUACAGUGAGACACCAAAGAAAAAACUGAAAAUUUUUCGCACUUCUGUACGCACUGGCUGCUGUUCCAAACCGAGAGGCCCAUGGACGCCCUCAAGACAGCGAUUGUACAAAAACUGGGACUGACCAGCUUUCAUCUUCAGGUUGUCCUGGGCACAUCAUCUGCCUUGAGAGAAGUGACUUACAACUGAACUGAGUAAAACAAAAUGCCCAGGCCGCUUUCCCUCACUGCAUUUAUGCUUUUCACACGUGACACACCUAUAGAGCAGCUAAAGAAAAGCUGGCAAAACUGUGAGACGUUACUGUGUGGAAACUGGACUGUCUGCUGAUUUCUGGAACUUUAAGCUGCGCGUCUGCAGACAAGCUGCGUGAAACAUUGAACUGAAACAACAGACUUGAUGCAAGCGGUGCAUCUGCUUGUGUGAUGUUUAAAUGAUAGUCAACAGAAAACUAACAUGUGUAACUAUACAGAGUAUAGAGAUUCUAUAGGACUAUGGUACAGUACAUGUAUUUAUCUAGAGAAAGAAGUGAAGUCUAUAUUAAAACUAUUUCUAGUAGAGUCUUGUUUUCUUGUUAAAUGGGAGGGGAAGUUGAUAAUGGUGGACCAAUAUGAGGUUUUCAUUGGUUGAUGCUGAUAUCUAGAGACCAGGAUGGCUGACAGAGUAAUGCAUAAACUUUCUCAAACAAUUCAAGAAAUGGUUUAUCUGUUGAUACGGCUUUCAAUAGAUUUCGGAUCUGAAAUAAAUUGUAAACUGACCAACUGAACAAUCCCAAAACAAGCAUCAGCUGAUUAAUCGGUCUGACCGAUAUAUCAGUCCAUCACUAGUAUCAACAGUUUGAAAAAUAAACACGGAGAGAGAGUCAACUCACAAUCCCUUUCAUUUUCUCCACUGGCGAACGGAUUAUGAAUUGAUUGAAAUUUUGUGCAGGACAUAAACGAAAACGGAAACACUUCCAAUUGUUCUAGAAUGAAAACAUAGAAAAACACAAAAAAUUGAGGUAAACAGCCAUUUCUCUUAGUUGUUUCUUCACUGAAUUAUUGUUAGAUAUGAUGCAUUAAUACAGGUUUGAUGCGGCCGGGUUUUGACUGAGAAGCAGAUCUGUAAAUAAAAAAUAAAAUAAUUCGCAUGAGACGACGUUUAGUCCAAUUGUGCCCAAUCAGUGUGUGCAUGUAUGCAGGAGAGAGAGAUUUUGGCUAUUAAUUGAUUUUAGAUGCCAGAUGUAUUUUUGAAAUACUUA